CAGUUAGUGUUAUUGCAUCUCUAUCCUUCUACCAUCACCCUUCCUCUCACUACUCCCUGUCCUCACUGCUAUGCUAUGUGUCAACCCCAUCCCAACCUGUUCUCUCCCCUACAGAACUCUCUUCCGCAGGCGAGGCCCCCCGCGGCGACGGAACCUCUCCAACCAUCGCUAUCCCUCAUUGACCCCCUGUGACAACUUCACAGUCGUAGGAGGGCUAUGGAACUGCCAGUCUGCUACGUGGAAGGCUGACUUCAUUUCAGCCUACGCGUCCCUCAUCUCUUUACAUUUCCUUGCCCUCACUGAGACCUGGAUCACACCAGGCAACACUGCAACCCCUGCAGCCCUCUCCUCCUCCUUCUCCUUCUCUCACACCCCCCGCCCGUCUGGCCGUGGUGAGGGCACAGGGCCCCUGGGAAGCUUCCUCGAUGAGCUCGACACCCUGCUGAGCUCCUUCCCAGAGGAUGGCACCCCACUGAUCCUCCUGGGAGACUUCAACAUCCACCUUGAUGCCUCCCACUCCGCAGCCUUCCUGCCCCUACUCCACUCAUUCAGUCUCUCCCUGAUGCACUCCCCACCAACACACAAAGCUGGAAACCUCCUAGACCUGGUCAUCCUGAGGAAUUGCUCCUCCUCCGAUCCCACAGUGACCCCUCUGCACCAGUCCGACCACCACUUCAUUUCCUUCUCCCUCCCUCUUGCUCCCCUCCCUCCCUCCCCUCCAUCCACUCCUACUGUCAUGGUCCGCCGUAACCUCCGCUCCCUCUUUCCCUCCUCUCUCGCUUCUAGUGUCACUGCUUCACUCCCCACUCUUGAAUCCUUCUCCAACCUUCCCACUGACUCUGCAUCCUCCGCUCUGUCUUCCUCGCUCUCCUCAGCACUUGACUCUCUCUGUCCUCUAGUCUCCAGGCCGGCACGCUCGUCCCCUCCCAGUCCGUGGAUGUCUGACCCCCUCCGAACCAACCGGCCAGCCUACGUGCAGCGGAGAGGAAGUGGAGGAAAUCCAUGGCUCAAUCCGACCUGUCUGCCUACCAGUCUAUGCUAG